AUGACAUCCCCUCCAGCUUACACAUUUUUGGAGCUAUCACCACCCACGACACCCAAUGCUUUACCAAAAGAACAACUCAACAAGAGGAUCAAAGCCGAUCACGAGCAGAAUGUAAAGCAGCUGAAGCGAUCCACCAAAGAAAUGAAGAAGCAGCAAUUCUGGGUCGAGGUUGCUGUCAUCGAUCGCACUUUUUACAAGCUCUCCAAUUCCCAAAGACUCUUCCCUCGCUUCCGAAUCAUAGCUCAAGUGCGACAACUAUGCAAACGGUUGAAAGGACUCGCGAUAGAUCAAGUCGUUGCUAGGUUUCUUCAUGUGUUUUGGAACGUCGCCUCAAUUGAUAACUGCAAAGGACCCUGGAACUUUAUACCAACCAAAGAGCUAGCAGAAUACACCAUGCAUCGCAUCAUCGCCGCUGCAUUAUUACUAGACAGAUUACAAGGAUUACUGAUGAAAGCAUACGUUGAACAAACCAAGACAUUACGAUUAAGGCACUUUACGUCUCUCAUGUUCGUGUAUAUGGGCGCGUGUAGUCGACUCUAUUGCAUGGCCCAUAGAUGGUCUAUCGAGUUGCAGCAGUGCUAUAAGUUGAUCCAAGGAUGGUAUGCAGCUUUCCCAUCAGGAAUCAAGCCAAAGGAUAAGGCAAAGGAAACAACAAUCAAGGCUAUUGAUUACUCUUGUCUCCCUGAUACAUGUGCCCAAGCAAGACGUGAUGCAAUCCAGGAAUGGAGUGGACAUUCAGAGAUACCUGGGAUAUUAACCUCAACCUCCAAACCCGUGAAGAAAUUGAAAAACAAGAAUCCUGUACCUACAACAACAACUGAAUCAACAAAGGAUACAACCCCUUUAAUGGAGGGUGAUGAUUUGGGAGAAGUAAUCGAGCGUCCAAUAUGA